AUGAUCGCGGUGUCCAUCCCCGCGGUGGGGCCGGGGGCCGAGCCCGAGCCGAGCCCGGAGAAGACGCACACGGUGUUUACGGUGGAGGUGCUGUGCAAUGGCCGGAAACAUACCAUUGAGAAGCGCUACAGCGAGUUCCAUGCCCUGCAUAAAAGGAUAAAGAAGAUGUGCAAGGUCCCAGAUUUCCCCCCCAAGCGAGUCCCCAACUGGAUGUCAAAGGUGCAGGAGCAGCGGCGGCAGGGCCUGGAGGUUUACAUUCAGGGUGUCCUGUACUACAACAAGGAGCUGCCUAAGGAACUGCUGGACUUCCUGAAGCUCAGGCACUUUCAGCAGGAUGCCAAGGCCAGCAGCCUGGACCACGGCUUCCUGCUCUCCCACCGGCCGGUUAUGAUCUUCCACAGAGACCCAUAUGUGCUUCCCUCCUCUACAGAGCUGCUGCCAGACAUAGUUCUGAGUGGUGUGUUGCGAGGCUUCUACAGACCAGCAAGCUCCUGCUGGGGGAAGGCAGCCCCUAAGUGCUUGGCAGAGCCCCAAGUGCUUAGCCAGCAGGGCUCAUGA